AGGCACUGCUCUCCCCUCAGUACGGACCGGAGAACGCAGAGGAGGAGGCUGCUACAUACAUGCUGCCGCCGCCGCCGCUCGUGCUGCUAAAGCUGUUCCUGCCUUUGUCGUAGAGGAAUCUUUUUUUUUUUUUUUUUUUUUUUUAAUCUCCAUCGAGGCCACAUUUGAGCCACUUGGAUAUUCUUUUUUUUUUUUUUUUUUUUUUUUUAAUUUUUCCUCAUUUCUCCCCCUUUUUUUGUUUUUACGGAUUCCGGGAAUUAAGCGAGCUAUGUACUCGUUACACGAGGGCAGCGGGCUGGUGCUGCUGGUGGUCUUGGCAGGACUGCAGAUUGCAGCAGAGGGCAGGGGUACCCCACCAUGCAGGCCGGGCUUCUCUGAAGAUGUGUACAAGGUUGUGGUGCCAGAUAUCACAGAGAAAGGACAGCCCCUUUUCAACGUGAGAUUUAUCAGCUGUGGCCGAGGUGGUCUGGUGCAGUUUGAAUGCAGUAACCCCUCUGACUUUCGGAUAGAUGCCUACGGAGUAGUUUAUGCUGCCAGGACUCUUCAGCACUCUGUGCUCCCUGCGUCACCUCUGCAGAUCAAGGCCAGUGACACUACCACUCAGCAGCAAUGGGUGACCCAAGUCAGGCUGACACCCUCAACACGCUCCGGCCAGCAGGUCCAGGAAGAUGCUGUACCUCCAGUCAUGUCUAAGGAUGUAAAGGAAAUAGCAUUUCCAUCACGAAACACGGACAGCCAACUGAAACGCAUGAAGAGAGACUGGGUCAUCCCCCCAAUCAAUGUCCCAGAGAACUCACGAGGCCCAUUCCCUCAAGAGCUUGUCCGGAUCCGAUCUGAUCAUGACAAAAACCGGUCCCUGAGAUACAGUGUGACAGGCCCUGGUGCUGACCAGCCUCCCACUGGAAUCUUCAUCAUUGACCCAAUUUCUGGAGAGCUAUCUGUCAACAAACCCCUGGAUCGAGAGCACAUCCCCAACUUUCACCUGAGAGCCCAUGCAGUAGACCUGAAUGGCAACCAAGUAGAAAACCCUAUUGAUAUUGUGAUCAAUGUGAUCGACAUGAAUGACAACAGGCCCGAGUUCACUCAUCAGAUCUGGAAUGGCACUGUUCCAGAGGGUUCCAAGCCAGGAACAUUUGUUAUGACAGUAACUUCUGUUGACAAAGAUGACCCCAAAACAGCUAAUGGGAUGCUACGUUACAAGAUCUUGUCUCAGAAUCCCGAGAGUCCGACCUCCAAUAUGUUCACCAUCAACAAUAAAACGGGAGGCAUCAUUACAGUGGCAGCUGGCCUGGACAGAGAGAAAGUGCCCCAGUAUACGUUGAUCAUCCAGGCCACUGACAUGGAGGGCAACCCCAUGUACGGCCUCUCCAACACAGCUACUGCUGUCAUCAGAGUCACUGACAUUAAUGACAACCCGCCAGAGUUUACUGCUGAGACGUUUUUCGGCGAGGUGCCUGAGAACCGCGUGAAUGUCAUUGUGGCCAACCUGACGGUGACUGACAAGGACCAGCCCAACACGCCAGCAUGGAAUGCUGUCUACAAAAUCACUGGGGGCGACCCCACCGGCAGGUUCUCUGUGCCCACUGAUCCAACCACUAACGAGGGCCUGGUAACGGUUGUCAAGCCUAUUGACUAUGAAAUCAGUAGGACAUACGUGCUGACAGUGGAAGCGAGAAACGAGGUUCCGCUGGCCAGAGGCAUCCACUCUCCCCGACAGUCCACUGCCACUGUCUCCAUCAGAGUGAUAGAUGUCAACGAGAGUCCCUACUUCGAACCCAACCCCAAACUCAUUAAACUGGAAGAGGGGAUGAUCCCCGAGACAACCCUCACCACCUUCACUGCACAAGACCCUGAUCGCUUCAUGCAGCAAACCAUCAGAUACUCCAAACUUUCGGAUCCAGCCAACUGGCUAAGGAUUGAUCCCAACACUGGCCGAAUCACAACAACUGCCGUUUUGGACAGAGAGUCACCCUUUGUGAAGAACAGUUUGUACAAUGCAACAUUCCUGGCUUCUGAUAGCGGUGUGCCCCCAGCAAGUGGCACAGGCACUCUCCAGAUCUUCCUGCUGGAUAUCAAUGACAACGCACCCAAGGUGUUCCCUCAGGAGGCGGAGAUAUGCGAAAAGCCAGAGCCAAAUGCCAUCAACAUCACAGCCCUCGAUGGAGACUUGAACCCCAAUGCUGGGCCAUUUGCCUUCGAGUUAGCCCAUAGGCCUUCUGAUGUUCGGAGAAACUGGACCAUAACAAGAAUUAGUGGUGACUAUGCUCAGGUGAGCCUGAAGAUUGGUUUCCUUGAAAGUGGUAUCUAUGAGAUCCCCAUCAUAAUCACAGACUCAGGCAACUUGCCCAUGUCCAACACCUCCUACUUGCGGAUUAAAGUGUGCCAGUGCGACAUCAAUGGAGACUGCACGGACCAGCAGCACAUCAUGGCUGCCGGUCUGGGAACAGGCGCCAUCAUAUCCAUCCUCCUCUGCAUCAUCAUCCUCCUCAUUCUCGUGCUGAUGUUUGUAGUGUGGAUGAAGCGCCGAGAUAAAGAGCGUCAGGCCAAGCAGCUCCUUAUCGAUCCUGAGGAUGAUGUGAGAGACAACAUCCUCAAGUAUGAUGAAGAAGGGGGAGGAGAGGAGGAUCAGGAUUACGACCUGAGUCAGCUCCAGCAGCCAGACACGAUAGAGCCCGAUGCCAUCAAGCCGGUAGGAAUCCGUCGUCUAGACGAGAGACCCCUCCACCCCGAGCCACAGUACCCCAUGAGGUCAGCAGCACCCCACCCUGGAGACAUCGGAGACUUCAUCAAUGAGGGACUCAAGGCAGCAGACAAUGACCCCACUGCUCCUCCCUAUGACUCCCUGCUAGUGUUCGACUACGAGGGCAGCGGCUCCACAGCUGGCUCCCUAAGCUCCCUCAACUCCUCCAGCAGCGGGGGCGACCAGGACUACGAUUACCUCAACGACUGGGGCCCGCGCUUUAGAAAACUGGCAGACAUGUACGGCGGGAGCGACGACUAGGACACACAGCCACACCCUGGAGGAUGAAAAGAUGAGGAAAAAAAUGUUGAAGAAAAGGAAAGAUUUCCUGUUGAUGGACACGGACAGCUUCUGAUAUUCCCUGAGAGAGUGAUAGAACUGUGACAGAAAAAAAAAAAUAAACAUUGAUUCAGAAUUUUUUUCAAAAAAACAACCAACCUAGGCUUAUUGUUGUAGUCUACGCAUACAUAUGCUUGUUGAAAGCUUAGGCAUAGGCUGUGGUCCAGUUAUGGAGGAUGUGGGAGGGAACACUGGUGGACUGUCACCACUCAGAUUGUUGGUAUUGAAUGCGCUCAGUUACACUUGAAUUUCACAGUACAGAAGCACUGGGAUAUAAUGUGCCUUUUUGUACAUUUUUUUGGAUCUAAAUGAUUAGUUUUAUGUUCAAGGCUUUAAUGGUACUGACUUUUGGAGUGAUUUCAAACAAAGUAUGUUACACUCUGGUAUGCUUCUACAUGCUUUUUAUUUUACUUUGGUUACACAAUGCUCCUGUUUGUUGAAGAUUAUUUAAAUAAAUCACAAAGAUGAAGAAAUGAAGGAUCAUCUGUUAGCUUGGAUGGAAAGAAAAACAAUUAAGAGCAGCACUGUACAGUACGUUAGACUUUUAGAAUUUCUCACUAAAAAAUUAAAAUUAUGCAGCUGGUUGCAAAUAAAGGGAGUUAUGAAUCAUACUUUUGUAGCAGUUUUUUUUUUCUUUUUUUUGAAGUGAUGUAGUAUUUUACAAAAAACAACAAAAAACUGUUUUGGUCUAAUCUAUGUACACUUCAUUUGCCUUAGUCACCAUCUGAUAUUUUCAAGUUUUGCUUCACUGUAAAAAGAUGUGUGUACAUAAUGUUUUUUUCUUUAUCUUUUCUUUUGAUGUAGUAUAUGAAGAAGUGCAAAAAGUUCCAAACUUGUAAAUGUAUAAUUUGGACUACAAAUUCAAGUUUUUUGCAUGUUUUUAUCUUUUCAUGACAACAAAAAUGGAAAAAAAAAAAUGUUGUUUCCCAAAUUUAUUUACGGAGUUGGAAAAAAAAAGAAUAAAAAUCUGGGUGACAUUAAAUGUGUAGAAGUUAAGAGAGUUUUUUGUAUGAAACAUGAAAAAAAAAAACACGUUGAUUAAAAAAAAAUCGAAAAGUAGUGAUCUUGUCAGCACAACUGUUGAAUUUGUACCAAAAAGGGGGUGGGGGAGGGGAGGGGAGGACAUGCUCGGCACUAAUUACUGAAUCAGCUUUAAGACUGGAAAAGGUUUUUGGAUUCAAGCCUUGUGGAUAACCAUGUGUACUGGAACACAAAUUAUACAUCUCUGACCCCAACCAUCCAAAUAAAAUGCUAAUUUUGGAGCGAAAAA